UGACACAUUCAGCUUUAAACCACUUUGUGGAGCUCACCGAGCCUAUUCAGGCAUCUGCCUUUUUUCUGUCUGUUAAUAAGUUUGUUGUUAGGAGCAUAAACUCUCCUUGGCAUUUCCUCAAAAUCCUUGAUUUUUGGAUUUGGGUUGCUGAAGUAAUACAAAGCCGGACUGAUGAUCAAUGUUUAAAUCUGGACAUUAUCAGUAUCUUUGAUCUGCAUUUUUGAAGAUGGAGAGUGGUGUGUUUGUUGCUAGAGAUCCUCUUCUCCAUGUCGAUGUUCAUGUUGAUGAACUUGAACCUCAUAGAGGCAUCCUGGAGCUCCUCAGCAGACUCCGUCCUCACUGGAAUGCCCACGACAUUCAGAUGAAGACAUUCACAGAAGGCAUCACCAACCAGCUGAUAGGUUGUUACAUCGGCUCGCUCCAGGAGCCUGGCUGUGUUCUUGUGCGACUGUACGGCCAAUCGACCGAGCUUUUUGUGAAUCGGAACAGAGAGAUCGAGAUGUUCCAAAUCAUGCAUUCCCACUCCUGUGGACCAGAGAUCUACUGUAGCUUCCAUAAUGGCAUCUGCUAUGAGUUUGUGAUGGGAACAGUGCUGGAUGAUGAACUUCUGAGGCAACCAUCCAUCUACAGACUGAUCGCGGCAGAAAUGGGGAGGAUUCAUGCCAUCCAGCAAAAACACGAUCUGCAUGUUGAACCUGUCCUCUGGGCAAAAAUGUCCCAAUACAUCACAUUAGUCCAGUCCAGCAGCCCGGCCUGUACAGAAAGUGUGCACCCUGUAGGAGGAGUGCUGAGCUUUGACAUGUUGGCUGAAAUGGAGUCACUGCGACGAGCUCUCUCAAACAUGGGCUCUCCCAUCGUCCUCUGUCACAAUGACCUCCUGACCAAAAACAUCAUCUACAAUCAAAACCAGGGAACGGUGAAAUUCAUUGACUAUGAAUACGCUGAUUACAACUACCAGGCCUUCGAUAUUGGCAAUCACUUCAAUGAAUUUGCUGGCAUGGAGUGCAUUUACAGCCGUUAUCCUGGUCCGGAUCUACAGCGGGACUGGCUGACGGCCUAUUUGGAGAGUUACAAGCACAGUACAGCACGUGAGGUCACCGUUACUGAUGGAGAACUUUCACAACUCUAUAUUCAAGUCUGCAAAUUCUCACUGGCAUCAAACUUGUUGUGGGGUUUCUGGGCCAUCCUGCAAUCACGCUUUUCCUCUAUUGACUUUGACUUCCAAAGAUAUGCCACAGCUCGACUCAAAUACUACUUUGAGAAGAAAGAGGAAUAUUUUGGAUUGGGAUUGUGUGACCAGAAUAACUCCAUCGUGCUUCCUGAAUCCAAGAGGAGUUCUCAGUGACCAGCUGCUUUCAACAAAUAUGAAUAUAUAAUUAAAGAAGAGAUGAUGUUAAAUAAACUUGUGUUCCAAGUGGUCACUGCUGUUCUUAUUUUGUUUUUGUUUUUUUCAGGCUAUGUGCACGGGUUAAUCAGUUUUGAUCUUACUGUGCUUUGCUAGUAAUAUGUUAAUUUUUUUCCAGCACAUUUUUUAGCACAUAAAGCCACAGAAAUGAGCGAGAUCUUAAAACAAAUCAGAAGGCCAUCUCUACAAUGAAUCAAUGUGCACUGCAAACAGUUUAAGCACAUAAACAAAGGAAAAAAAGAAGAGUGCUGUUUGAAAGUGACAACCAACAAGGUAUAUUUUACUGAUGAAUAAUGUGUCUAUUUAAGGUUACACUGAAAUGAAA